GGGCUCUCUGCCAGUGCAGGCAAAGCUCAGACUCUCUGCCAGGGAGCACAGAGGCAGGCAGGCAGCCAGUCCUGUGCCAUGGCUAAGCCAUCCCGAGCUGCCGAGGAGCCUGUGCCCUGUGGCAAGCUGUAACGUGGACACCCAGGCAGACAGACAAGACAGCCCCAGGUGGGGAGGGACAGCCAGCUCUCCUCCCCAGGAUGCCGUUUGGCUGCAUUGGACUACGGGAUGAAAAGAGCUACAACAGCCUCUCCGAUAUCACUGACAAGUAUGAAAUCGGGCAACUGCUGCGGGCGAAAGAGUUCUGCGAGAUCUGUGUGGCCCGCGAACGCCAGACGGACAGGCUGUACAUCUGCAAGAAGUUUCUCAAGAAAGAUGGGCGCAAGGUGCGAAGGGCAGCCAAGAAUGAAAUCCUCAUCCUGAAGCUGGUGAGUCACCCCAAUAUCCUGCAACUGAUAGACACGUUUGAGACAAGAAAGGAAUUUUACAUCAUCCAAGAGCUGGCUACUGGUGGAGAUGUUUUCGACUGGAUCCUCGAUCAGGGUUACUACACAGAGAAAGAUGCCAGCAAUGUCAUCCGGCAGGUGUUGGAGGCAUUAGCUUACCUGCAUAACCUGCACAUUGUUCACCGCAACCUCAAGCUGGAAAAUCUCAUGUAUUACAACCAGAACAACCGCUCCAAGGUGGUGUUGCGGGAUUUUUAUCUUUCACGUUUUGAGAACGGUGCCAUUACCGAACCCUGCGGGACCCCUGAAUAUUUGGCUCCUGAGGUGGUUGCACGGCAGCGCUAUGGGCGUCCUGUCGAUUGCUGGGCUGUUGGAGUUAUCAUGUUUAUUCUCCUGUCUGGGAAUCCACCUUUCUAUGACGAUGCAGAUGAUGACAACAGUGACAGUCACAACCGCCGCAUCUUCCGUAAAAUCCUGGCUGGGGAUUAUGACUUUGACUCCCCCUAUUGGGAUGAAAUCUCUCCUGCUGCCAAAAAGCUGGUGUCACGGCUUAUGGAAGUUGAUCAGGACCAACGGAUCACAGCUCAAGAGGCUUUAGGACACAUCUGGAUAUCUGGAAACAUUGCUUCUGAAAAGAACCUCAAGGAAGGGGUCUGCGCCCAGAUUGAGAAGAAUUUCGCCAAGGCCAAGUGGAGGAAAGCCAUCCGGGUCACUACUUUCAUGCAACGUCUCCGAGCCACGGAUGUUAGCGGCCGCCUCCCUGUCACUCCCCGCUCCUCCAUGAGUGUUGCCCACGAAGUCACCAUUGAAGCACCCAGGUCGGCUGAAUGUUUGGAGACGCCGUGCCCGCUGGAGGAGGAAGAACAAAAGACAAGCAAGACAGAGGGAGCUGCUGAGAAGGCAGAAUAAUGGCUCAUGCUUCCCCCCGCUCGACCCAAUAUUUUGAAGCCUUCUCUGCUGAAUCCACAGGCCCUGUCUUUGCAAGAGGAGGGCUCUGUGGAGCAGCAGCUUAGGCAAGGAAUGUGGGAGAUCCACAGCAGUGUUGACCCCUUUCCCCGAUCCCUGCCAUGGGCCAGGAGCAGGAGCUGCCUGGUGUGGAUGGACAGGCAAGUGGAAAAGAAGGACUGAUCAACCACAUGGAGAGAGAUAUUCUAUCUAGGAAGGAGGGAUUGAGGAUUAAAGACAGGAUAGGAUAGGUAACUUGAGUUUAUUGUACAAGCCCAAGGCCAUGACAAAAAGGUACAGACACACAGAACCGUACCCUCAAAGCAAACAGAAAGCAUGAUAACAAACAAAGAAUAGGUAGUUGUCCAUUGUACAGCCCUUAACCCUGCAACGGAGAAUGCACCUAACUCUUUAGCAGGAACGUGGGAAUCCUUUUUAGGCUUUUCCCUAAAAGCCAGCACAAUCUGUGCUCUUUGCCAUAUAGGAUCACUUUGCCUCAAUGCAGACAAACACCCUUUGCUGAGCAACAAGCCCACUGACCAACACUAGACAUGCCCUCUGUUCCUGUGGCUUCACAGGGGCAUAGGGGGCUUUCGUCCACAACUCCCCUCCCUCACAAAACAAUGUAGAGGUUGAGUCAUGAAUUGGAAAGCGUCCUCUCCCUCCGGAGCCCAGCAUUCCUGCACUGGAGCCAUCGCACACAUUACAAAGACAAAGCCACGGAGCACUGUUCCCAGAGAAGGAGGCAUGAGUCAGAGGAGAGUCCACUCCAGGAGUUGUGGAUCCAUUUUCUAGCCUUGUCCUGCCCCACUAUGCGCAGCUCCACCUUUCACAUUCAGUAAUGGCAGGGCAGUUUGGAGAGAGUUUCACUCUGGCGGUGGAUCGCUGCCCUGCUGGUUUGAAUCCCAACCUCAGCUGCUGGACUGUGGAGGGAGGGAUGGGGUAAGAGGGAUGCAUGCCCAGGCCAGCUGCAUGUUUUAUGAAGAUGCUAUUUUAAUACAGAAACCUCCCAGCUGCCCCUCCCCGGUGCUGUCAUUCCCUCUCCCGGGGCAGCUCUGGGAAAUAAAAUAAACAGGGUCUUUCUCUGGUUA